GCUUGCCUUCUUUUAAAGACCUGCAGUAAAACAGACAUCCAAAGCCUCUUUCAACUGCCACAGACAGGCAUGAAUGGCUCGGAAACUUCAGCAGACCAGUUACAGUGUACGUUACUGACAAAAAAGAAGAAGAUACCAACAGAUACCCUUGAACAACAGAUCAGAAUAUUGGAAAGACAGAGACAAGAGCUGCUGGAGGUGAACAAGCAAUGGGAUCAACAAUUUAGAAGUAUGAAACAGCACUAUGAAAAAAAGCUUGCAGAAGUGAAAGCGAAACUGGGUGCAUCACAGAGGAGUAUCAGUGAGCUGGAGAAAGAAAGGCACCGGCAUCAGCAAGAGUGUGAGAGUCUGCAAGCCCUGGCCAGAGAUGGACCGCUUCAGGAAGCGAAAGAAAAAGAAAUCCUAAAUAAAGCAUUGAAUGAACUGAAGGAAGAGAACAAGCUCCUGAAGGAACAAAAAGCUUCAGUGACCAAAAAGAGAGAGUACUAUGAAUGUGAAAUAAGUCGCCUCAACAAGGCCCUUCUGGAUGCACUGCAAAAGCAACACCCGUCCGUUUUUGUGCCUCAUUUGGAUAAGUCUGACAGGAACUGCAACCAUGAAGAGAUGAGGACCCAGUUGGAAGUUCUCAGACAGCAGGUACAGAUAUAUGAAGAAGACUUUAAAAAGGAGAGAUCUGACCGAGAAAGACUUAAUGAAGAGAAAGAAGCACUGCAAAAACUUAAUGAAAGAUCACAGUCCCAACUGAACAAGCUAAAUUCUCAGAUAAAAGCAUGUUGGCAAGAAAAGGAACUUCUAGAGAAGCAAUUAAAGCAACAGACAAAAGACCUCCCUGUGCCAUCUGAGAGGUGCUGCUUCCCGCCUCAGAUGUUCCUUCCAUCUUGGGUUAAUUAUGGAAACUCUGGAUUAGUUCUCCACUACCAAGACCCUCGAGUACAUAUGGCAUCACGGGGCAUGUAUGAUCAGCAACAGCACCCUCCAGACUAUCAAUGGUAUGUUCCGGACCAGUUUCCGCCAGAUGUGCAGCACAAGGCAAAUGAAAAGAUGCAAAUUGAAAUGCCUCUUCUUGUUGGAUUGAGUGACAGACAUUGUUAA